AUUAUUUUAGUUAUGAUUGUUAGUGGUGCUGGAAGAAGAUCACUGGACGCGUGCCAAAUAUCACCCUCUAAAAACGAGAUUGUGUUGGAUCCUAACCUUAACGCGAGCGAGGUAGAGAUUUGUAGAAGAAAAACUAACUCUACCCCUUCACAACCCUCUUCACCUGCCCCAAAACCUUCCGGUUUGAAACGAGCUACACAAUGGUCAGAGGACGUUGAGGAAUGUUACAGGUUCCAGACAGCCGGCUACAGAGACAUUAUGGAGUACUGUCACGUGCAAGGUUUUUCUGAAAACGAAGUGAAGCGGUGGCCUCAUAACGGUUAUAUCAAGAUGUUACUUUCCCGCAAGGGAGGGUAUAUCUAUUUCGACAAAGCGAGGGAGUGUCAAGACAAGGACCUCCACAAGUGCAAACUGUUUAACUACAACGCUGAGAAUCAGUAGAGAAAAUUAGCGCUGCUGGUAUGAUUAAAGUUACAGACUCACUCUAUAGCUCUAUAUUCUCGCGCAAUUUUCCUAUACUCCCAGAAUGGUUUUGAAUUGGUUAAGCUGUAACAUGCAAUAAGAUAAAAAAUCUUCAAUGUUCUUUUGUUCAUGAGUUUCCGAAUUGUAUAAGAGUCAAUUUCAGUUAAAUAUUCAGAAUCUAGGAAGAGAUUCCUUUUUUCCUUUAAAGCAAAGAAUUAGAAAUUUUACUACACUUUCGAGUUAAACCACGGAAUUACA